GGAAUGCACGAGUGCUUUUACAAGGGAGUUUAGAGAGAAUGAAUUCGGAUCCCUCUUUCUGAGGUUUACAUGAGUAUUUAUACUAGGCUAUGGGGGACAAAGCCACGUGCGCCCACGUGGGGGCAUGCCGCUGAUGUGGUGCGAGGUGACUGGUUUCGUCCUCGAGCUGCCUUGUCGCCUUAGCUUUGACACGUGUUGGACACACGUCGUUGCAACGGUCGGCGGCCCACCCGUCGUUUCGCCUGCCAGUGGGUCAUCAUUGCGCCGCCUGACGCGGCGCAACCUGGAGAGGCCACGUCGUCUGAUUCGGCUUCCUCCCUCCUAUAUAAAGGCCUCCAACCCUCUUCACUUCUCACUUUUCGCACUUCGCCUUCCAGAGCUUUCACCAGUCAAAUUCCUCUCUCUCGCUAUCCAGCCCUCCGAGCCAAGUAAGUUUCCCCUUCCUCCUCUACUUUCUUUCCCGGUCAUGUCUUCUUUUAGCGAUAGGAUUUCGUCUUCAGAGGACUGCUCCUCUGAGGACUCCAACUCAUCUUCCUCGACCGGGUCUUCUUCUCCCGACUCCAUGCCCGGUCAGGUUCCCAACUCCUCUAUUCCCGACCCGCAUCCUGUUAAUCAGAUGCCCGGUGAAGUUUUCAUGGGGAGGAAUGACCCGAUCGAUGACGAACCGGGUCCCUACGACCCUGAAAACGAAACCCGGGAUGCGUGGGAGGAGCGGCUUCAUGUUGCCGGCUACUUUCCGCUCCCCACCUUCUAUGUCCUUGACAUCCCUUCCCAUGUAUCCAAAAUCGCCUUGAAUAAAAUUCGCAGGAGGCUCCCGGAUGGGUAUACCCUCCUGUAUGAACCUAACUGGCCCAACAUUGUCGAACCCCACCGGGAGGAUAGGAUAGGGUUCCAUACAAUAUCACUGGACACGGGCAUCGUUUUUCCCCUUCGCCCCCUUCUAACCGAAGUAUGCCACGCGUUUAGGAUUUUGCUCAGCCAAAUAACUCCUAACGCCCACCGGUAUCUUUAUUCCUUCGUAAAUAUCUGCACUCACCUGAAAAUCGUCCCCACCUUGCGUCUUUUCCUUUUUUGCUUCGAAGUCCUACCGGGCGGGACUGGCUGCGAAGAUAUGGAGUUCGAGGAGUUCGCCAUCCUCGACGACCAACCAGCGGGAGAGACCGGGGGCUCCCAAGCCAACACUACAAGAACCUUCCCGGUCAAUCCAGAGACCGUGGAAAUCCUUGACGAAGAUGAGCCCCAAGACAACCGGUCCAAGGGGAAGGAGAAGGAGAAGACCGGUCGGCGAACGAAGAAGGUGGCCACCACGCACCCUUCUUAUGCCAAGAAAAGGGCAAGGCCGGAUUCUGAGCCGGCCGGUCAGACCAUCGAAGAAGCCUUCAUCAAUCUGGGGCUGAGGCUGAAGGAGGCGGGGGAGAUUGGGCCGCAUACAGUGGACCGUUUGGGGAUGAGUUCCCCUUUCGAAGUCGACCGGCUAAAGAGGGAGAAAGAAGAGAUGGCCCUCAUCUUGAAGAGCCAGGCUGAUGAGCUGAUCAGGCUGUCUGGGCUAGCCGGGGCCAUGAAGACCGAGAUCUCCCAGCUGAAGGAGGAGAAUGGUCGGCUUAUGGAUGAAGUCUCUGAGGCCAAGAGGGAAAUGGUAGAGAAGGAAGAAACCUUCCCCGGGCGCGCAGCUGCCUGGGUGGAAGAGAACAAAGCCGUCGCUGCCCGGGUGAUGACGACAAUGCCGGAAGCCACGAUGGAGUCCUUCAGGCUUCUUUACCGGGAGCCUGAAGGGAAGAAGAUGAUUACCGCCGUUGGAUCUUUCGGAUUCAAGUGCGGUCAAAAGAAAGACCGGGCAGCUUCCCACCGGAUCCUCCUGAAGAGAGACCCGGCCUUCACUGCGGCUUCCUACGGCCUGGCUCCUAUCCCCAAGGAAGAUCCUACUCCCCCUUUCCCCUUAGAUUAGGAUCUCCUCGACCUAGACCGGUUGUGUUUGUAAAACUUCUCAACUUGAAAUUUCCCCGGGGAUGCCCGGUGUAGCUGUAAACACUUAACAUUUUUAUUUCAUUUGAAUGCCAUGUUUAAUUUCCAUACCGGUUGAUCUUGCAUAUCUGUUUGUUUCUUGAUUGAUAUUUUUGCUCUUGCUUCUUGGAAUAUCAUUAUAGAAAUCCCGACCGGUAAAUAAAUCAGGCCACUUCAA